AAUUCUUUGGAGGAACCCAAAAUGGACACCAUAUUUAAAUUCGGAGAAUACAAAUGCAAAUUGGACCGGGGCUGUUUAAACCACAUUGCAUGUAGGCAUUGUUCGUAUUACGAUUGCAAAUGCCAUCAUGGAAACUGUAAAUGCCUUGGCACUACUGCCUUUACACCCUCGAGCUAAUGAUCCUUUUACAUCUUGAACUCCUCUUUCUCCCUUGUAAUCAUUUUUUGUAUUGAAAAAAUUAAUAAAAUAACUGGCAAUGUUUUCAAUUUCGAAAA